AUGUGCAAGGCGGCGAAGGUGAAGUGUUCUGAGAGGAAGCCUUGUGUAAGAUGUACACGAAAAGGGGUCACGUGCGAGUAUGAAGGUGUCGAAGACGGUGCUGAGGAGCUUGAUGAGAUUCACGAGGGGCAGCAAAACCAACCUUCGACUAGGAUCGAGGACGUCACUGCAAGUGAGACUGGUGUUGGCCCCGAAGUCAGCCCUGCCCUCAACAACGCACCUAUGCGCACCACACCUUUGCCCUAUUUCCUGAACUCGCGCAAUGCGCAGUAUACACCGGUACAUGAGGAAGAUCUCUGUAUAACUGAAGACUUAUCUUUCGGGGCCGAUUGGGGUUUCGCGAUGAUGGACUUGGCGUACUUGCAGACCCAGCUCAACGUCCCCAGCACAAUGACCGCCGCCGUGGGCUUCACGCCCGACGUAGCGCAGCAGCUGCCGUUAUCCCCUGCGAGCCACGGAACCUGCGAGACGCUAUCCGUAACAGGCUCUUGGGAGCCGCAGAGCAGCGAGAACACGGAGAUGGAGAGGCCGCAUCUGGCCGCGGACGAGGCCAACCUCAAACCACCCAGGAUGAAGCAGGCGCCUCCUGGGACAGUCCCCCUCGCCCCCACUCUGUGUCUCUCGGCGGCCGCGCGGAACAGCAUUGUCAGUAUGAUCCUCAACAACACCUCGUGCGCCAACGCGGUGCCGGUGCUCGCGGCAUUCCCGUCCACCGGCGCGCUGGACGCGCUCGUCGGCGUCUACGCGCGCGACUGGGAGGCGGCCAGGAUCAACGAUUUCAUACACCUCCCGACGCUGGAGCUCGAGCGCCAGCGGCCAGAGUUGCUGGGGGCUAUCGUCGCGGUCGGCGCGGUCGGGGCCGGGUCGACGGUGGCUCGCAAGUUUGGGUUUGCGAUGCAGGAGGUCGUUUGGGUGUCGGCGUUCCGCAGCUGGGAAGGAAAUAACGCGAGCUUGCGCGACAUCGCUCUCUCCCAGGCCUUCUUCCUCCAGCAACAAAUUGCCUUUUUCAGCGGUGUCAAACGGAAAGUCGCGCACGCCGAGGCGUGUUCCAACUCUAUGCAGGUUCUCCUCAAGAACGGCGGCCAAAUGCAAGGCGCCAUGGAACCUGACGACGUUGCUUCGCUUGAAAGUUUGCUCGGUCUAGACGAUCAGUCUUUGGGCGACGCGUGGCGCCGGUGGUUAACCCGCGAAUCGCAACGCAGACUGGUGUAUGCGGCGUACAUCAUGGACGCCCACGUCUCCAUGGCGCACGGGAUACAGGUCCAGUCGUCGUAUGCCAAUAUGAGGAUCCCGUUUCCAGCGCCAAGGAGAUUGUGGAGAGCGGAGACUGCAAAAAGGUGGAGGGAGGAGAUGAUGCUGCUGCGAGGGGCGUCCCGGCCGUCCUCCACACUGUGCCUGAGGGAUGUCAUGGGUGACCCGAUGCUAGUAUCCAAGCACUGUGCUCUGGUGGAUGCGGACUUUAUCGUUCUUGGUUUCCUCGCUGGACUCUGGACGCUUGUCAAAGAGUGCCAGCAACUCGGGGCCAUCAGCAAGGGAGCAAGAAGCCCCUGGAGCUCGAUGAUUCUGUCGGCGAGGCGUGUAGAGCUCUCCUCGAUGUUGAAGCUCUUUACCUCCCAAGUGCAAAAUGCCGGUCUCAAGAUCUCUACCGAAGCCGAGCUGCUGACCGAGGUGCUCCACAUGCAUAUUCUCGCACCUGCGGAUGACUCCCUGCCACUGCAGGUCUCGAGUCAGCAGUCAUCUCCCAUGACGGCGUCCGGCUCUGGGGCCCUUGAGACGACGGAGUACCGCGGGGCGUUGUGGCGGGCGGGGAGAACGGUGCGCGCUGCUGCCCGGUUUCCGGCCGGGACGCUGUGUGACAUUUAUGCCAUCGCGCUGUCUCAGGCUGCUUCUGUUCUCUGGCGGCAUGGUGUUCUUUCGUCGCAGACACGGGGACGAGAUACAGGUUCGGAGCAUGGUUCUGGCGUUUGCAUUGUGGAUGGGGACGAAACGCAAGAGUAUCGGGUGUUGAGCAAGGACACUCGUCUCGCGCUGCUCGGAACGGAGCCGGAGCCCGUAAUGCUAGAGCAUCCGGCGGGAGUGGCGGGGCGUAUAAGGGGUGUGAUUGAGCAUAAUUGGAGGGAUUCUUGGAUGCCUUCCCGUGUUGAGGAGGUUUGUCGUACGCUGGAAGCCCUCGGAGUGGCGGCCCGGCGAUACGAGGUAGACCCAAAUGACGGCCAAGGACCCUAG